AAUCACAUUGCAGAGCGUCCGCCUGUAGUAUCGCAUUCACAGCGGCGCGCGCCUGCAACGAACUAACACUUACAAAGAUGUCGAUCGUACCUCUGAUGUUCCGUGACUGGUGGGACGAGUGGGACCGGCCCUCUCGUCUCCUGGACCAGCACUUCGGCAUGGGCCUCAAGCGAGACGAGCUCCUCUCCUCCCUGUCCACGCUGCCGUCCACCUCCCUCUUCAGGAACUCUUACUUCAGGCCCUGGAGGACCAGCCUUACCCGACAGGAGUCCGCUUCUACUAUUAACCUUACGAAGGAAAAGUUUGAGGUCAUCCUUGACGUCCAGCAAUUCACACCUGAAGAGAUCACAGUCAAAGCAUCGAACAACAGCGUGCUGGUUGAGGGCAAACACGAGGAGAAACAAGACGAGCACGGCUUCAUCUCGCGCCAGUUCACGCGCCGGUACAUUCUGCCCGGAGGCUACGACGUACAGGACCUCGUCAGCACACUGUCUUCCGAUGGCGUCCUCACUAUCACAGCACCUAAACGACCCCCACCAAACGCCGGCGAGAGAAUCGUUCCCAUCACAAAGACAGGCCCCGCUAAACAGCAGGAACCUUCAACCUCAUCUAUCCCCGAACAGCCUAGAGAACAGACUGUCCCCAUCGUCACCUCCCCCUAAAAUGAUCCUAAACUGAUCCCCCCUCUCCCUUUCUCCCCCCAUUGAACGAGACAUCGAUGCCCCUACAAUCGAUGUUCAACGAUCGAAUCAUGAAUAGCAUUUAUUUUUAUUCGCCGUUGUUGGCCAAUAACGACAACGAUUCGAAAUGAACGAAUUAGGUUUUUUUUUAAUAUUAUUUGUAUAAAUGAGAAAUGCAAAA